UUGCAACUUCAGUUCCAUCUACUUCUCUUCGCAGAAAGUUUGGGAGCAUUUCCAGCAGUUUUGAUUAGCGCCCUGCUUCUGUUUUGUUAUUCCAAUUCGAUCUUCUUCUUGUGUUGUGGCUAUAAGAGGACCAAGUGGGAGAAACAAAUCUUUCAACCAUUGCAGCAGGGCUUUUCUGUGGAGUGUGUAAACUGGCGAUUGUUUGCCCAAAAGAGUAGAAUUAUGUCGAGGAAGGAAAGCAACAGCGAGCAAUUGAGGUUUAACAGAGAAGAAGAGGAAGACGAUGAUGAUGCUGAUGGCGGCGGUCUAGGUGCGUGGGAAAGGGCUUAUGCAGAUGAGCGGUCAUGGGAGUCUCUGCAAGAGGAUGAGUCUGGGCUCCUCCGACCUAUUGAUAACAAAACCCUUUACCACGCGCAGUAUCGUCGACGUCUCCGCACUGCAACAGCUACUCGAAUUCAGAAAGGACUGAUUCGUUAUUUAUACGUCGUCAUUGAUCUUUCUCGGGCAGCUGGAGAGAUGGAUUAUAAACCUAGCAGAAUGAUUGUUGUUGCUCGACUGGUGGAACGUUUCAUCCGGGAGUUUUUCGAUCAAAAUCCCUUGAGUCAAAUUGGGCUAGUGACAUUGAAAGAUGGAGUUGCACAUUGCUUAACAGAUCUUGGUGGUAGUCCCGAGUCACAUAUCAAGGCUUUAAUGGGAAAGUUGGCGAGCUCGGGUGAUGCAUCUCUCCAAAAUGGCUUGGAUCUUGUUCAUAGCCUAUUAAAUCAAAUCCCCACAUAUGGUCAUCGUGAAGUUCUUAUAUUGUAUUCUGCUCUUAGUACUUGUGACCCGGGUGAUAUCAUGGAAACCAUAAAAAAAUGCAAGACGUCUAAGAUCCGGUGCUCGGUUAUUGGUCUUUCUGCUGAGCUAUACAUUUGCAAAUAUCUUUGUCAAGAAACUGGUGGAUUAUACUCUGUGGCAUUAGAUGAGUCUCACUUAAAAGAACUGGUCUUUGAGCAUGCACCUCCGCCUCCGGCUAUAGCUGAAUUUGCAGUUGCAAAUUUGAUUAAGAUGGGUUUUCCUCAAAGAGCUGCUGAAGGAGCAAUUUCGAUAUGUGCUUGUCAUAAGGAGGCUAAGGUUGGUGGUGGCUUCACAUGCCCUAGAUGCAAAGCACGCAUUUGUGAAUUACCUACUGAAUGCCAAAUAUGUGGACUAACCCUUGUUUCAUCACCUCACUUGGCAAGAUCUUAUCACCACUUAUUUCCUAUUACUCCAUUUGAUGAUGUGCCACCAUCAAUGAUCACUGAUCUGCGCAAUCUUCAAAGAAGUUGCUUUGGUUGUCAACAGAGUCUCCUCAAUCCUGGAAACAUCCCAGCUGCUUGUGUAUCCUGUCCGAAAUGCAAACAGCGCUUUUGUCUUGAUUGUGACAUUUACAUCCACGAGAGCUUGCACAACUGCCCAGGUUGCGAGAGCUUCCGACAUUCUAAAUCCACUGGUGCGGAAGGGUGACCAAGAUAGGACAUUGCCAUAUUUGCUACACCUGAGACUCUAACUCAGUAUAGUCGAUGCGAUUCUUCGCUUUGAGAUUUGAGGCUGUUGGAAGCAUUUAUCUCUGUUGGCAGCACAGAUGGAAACUCCAUCAAAGGAGCAUUUACAGCAUACUCGGAGCAUUGCCUGAUCGGACAUUGUACCUGAAACCUGCCAUUUUUUACUCACAAAUUCAUUGAGGAAUGUGGACUUUUGCAGGAUUAUUUGUUUCACAUAUUAAGAAGUCUAGGCCUACAUCCGCAUUUCUUAGUCCUUUGGAGCUUGCUUUUAUAAUUCUCCUGAAAGUUCAAGGAGUUGACAUGGACGUUGUUCCUUAGAUAAACAUAUAUACAUAUAUAUGUAUUCAUGUUUGCCUUGGUUGGUUGAUUUUCUUUGUUAUGUAAUAGGAAUGGAGAGAGUUGGGAGACAUUUGGUCAAAUUGAAUAUGAAUGUUCAGUGUUUGUUUAA